AUGUCGGGCUACCCCCAUGGAGGCAUGGGACCACCACCAUCAGGACCACCGCCGCCCAUACCUCCCCGCCCAAGUAUACAUACAUACCGUCAGGGAACCCAGCAAACAUACCAUUCCCAGGAGACAGCCGAAUCACCUGCUUGGAGAAUUCCAUACCAUGAAACCGAAGUGUUAAUAAGCACAGUGGAAUCUUCCUCCUCUAAAUCUUCACCCGCUGUCGGAACAUACAGUGAGACCAAUCUUUCAAGAAACUCUUCUAGAAGAUAUCAGGAAACAUACGCUAUACAAUCGGCACCUGCACCGGAGACAGAAGCCUUCGAUUCAAGCUUUAAAACUUAUUCAACUUAUUCAGAGACUACGGAGCACGACCCAAGGCAAUCUUCGCACAAUAUGGCCGUGGAAUCUCGAGGCAAUAUGGAAACAGAACAAGUAUCCGACGGGAUGUAUGAAGGUUUAACUCAGCUCGGAUGGGGAGGUAUGGCAUUCUACGAUACCUCAAGACCAUCGAACUGGACUCCAGCACCGCCAGAAAAUGUUCACCAGGACCGUGAUAACGCCGGUCUAAGGACAGUCAAGAAGGAAGUAGAACCGGAAUAUGAGAAGAUAUCCAUGGACUACUACGACCAUUUCACACCGACCUUCACACCUGCGACCUCAGCACCUCCUCCAAUUGCUUCACCCAUGUCUCAGCAUAGCCAAGGCCCUUCUCGAUCUUCUUCGACUCGUGAAACAAAUGACUCUUUUAGACCUGGAGUCCCUCACCUCUCAGUCUCCGACCCAUUCCCCAUUUCCGUUGACCAGGAACGUUACUACUCAGACCAAUCCAAUCUCCGCGAAUCCCAAUUCCCAGAACUCGUCAACCCCGGUGGUUCAGAUCCACUCUGGCAACCACCUUCAAGAAGCUAUACUUCCUACCGCCGUACUCCUCGUCUUGAAGAUGAGAAAAAGGCUAUCUACUUCGACUCUAAUGGUCUUCCAUCUCUCAGCGGAGUGCUGGGGCCCACUGCCGGCCUACAAGAGCCAGGCGGCAGGAAUUCAUUCCAUUUCGAUGAUGAAAAGAGGCUUUAUCCAAAUAAUUACAACCAAAGUUCUCUUUCCAUAAACUCCACUCAUUCGGAAAAUAUCCCUCCCUCGUCGAGAUAUAACAGCAGCGUCCAUCGCACACCAUCGUAUGCGAGUCUCGGGCCGGAUAACGAUUCUAGACCGCAGGAUACCAAGUAUAACUACAAUUCACCGCAGCAACAAACUGGACCUUGCAGGGAUGGUAUUCCGCCCCCACCUGUGAGAUACCUCUCUCAGAAGCAAGGAAAUAAGUUGGGUCAGCUCUUGCAAGAGAAGAAGAUGGACUAUGUCGUUUGCGAAAUGAAUAGGAAAGAUGAACUUCACCGAAAAAUGCAAGAAGAAUCAAGAAGAUUUGGUUAUUGA